GCAUGUCAACAGAAGAUUUUCACGCUUGUAUAUUUCAACCUCGCGGCAUUUGCAGAUGAAUUUGGACGUUUUGGACGAUAUUCAGGACGGCUGGCGGAUGAUGUGUAUUGAGCCCACACAGCUUCCCUUGUCACGUCCACCUCUGACAUCAUGCCCGGUGAGGAUAAACUGCCACAACCAACCCGUCACAGGAAAAAGAACAAGAGGCCCCGCACCCAGGGGAGAGGUCCUGGUGGAAGUCCCAGUUCCCACCUUGGAGGCACCUUAGAUGGACAAGAUGAUGUCCUCUCACCCCCAGUUCUCCAGCCUUCUAAAAAGGUGGCAAAGGAGAGGCCAAAAGUGUCUGUUGCUAAAGUGGACGAGGAGUCAUCCAUGGCUAUCUGUCUUCAAGUGCUUUUCCCUUACCUGCUGGCUGGGAUGGGCAUGGUCAUGGCUGGCAUGGUGCUGGACAGUGUACAGCACUGGGAAGUGUUCAAGGUGAUAACAGAGGUUUUCAUCCUGGUUCCUGCUCUGGUUGGACUCAAAGGAAACCUGGAGAUGACUCUGGCUGCUCGCCUCUCCACUGCUGCAAAUACAGGCCAAAUGGAUGACCCCAAUAAACAGUGGACCAUGGUGUGCAGCAAUCUGGCCCUUAUACAGGUGCAGGCCACAGUGGUGGGAUUCCUGGCAGCAGUGGCAGCUGUCUGUUUAGGGGCAAUUUCUAGGGGAGGUGUUGAGCUGGAUCAGGCAGCUGUCCUGUGUGCCAGCAGCAUCACCACUGCCUUUGUUGCUGCUCUCUCCUUAGGUCUCGUAAUGAUUGGAGUGAUCAUUGGCUCCAGGAAGGUCGGGAUCAACCCCGACAACGUGGCCACCCCCAUCGCUGCCAGUCUGGGGGAUUUAAUCACCCUGUCGCUGCUGGCUGGAGUCAGCAGCGCACUGUAUGAAUACAUAGAUAUUUGGUACCUGUCCCCCUUGGUGUGCCUGGUCUUCUUGGCUCUGAUCCCACUCUGGGUGGUGGUGGCCCGACAGAGUCCUCAGAUCAGAGAGGUUCUUCGCUCAGGGUGGCAGCCUGUUAUUGUAGCCAUGUCCAUUAGCAGUUUUGGAGGCCUUAUACUGGACAAAACAGUGAGUGAUCCAAACUUUGAGGGGAUGGCUGUCUUUACGCCUGUCAUCAAUGGAGUAGGUGGUAACUUAGUGGCCAUCCAGGCGAGCAGGAUUUCAACCUAUCUGCACUUUUGGAGCAUCCCAGGGGUGCUGCCCUACAAGAUGAGGCAGCACUGGCCCAAUCCCUGCAUCACCUUCUUCUCCUCAGGGGUGAACUCUAAGUCAGCUCGGGUGCUGCUGAUGCUGGUCAUUCCUGGUCACCUCGUCUUCCUCUACGCCAUCUCUCUUCUGCAGGGAGAGGAGGCUCCUAUCUCCAUCGCCUUCACCAUCUGCUAUCUGUGUGCCGCUUUGCUGCAGGUGGCCAUCCUCCUCUAUGUUGCUGACCUCAUCGUCCGUUUGAUGUGGCGGAGAAGUCUGGACCCCGACAACUUCUCCAUCCCCUACCUGACAGCUCUGGGGGACCUGCUUGGCACCGGUUUCCUGGCUCUCUGCUUUCGUAGUGUCUCCCUGCUUCAGAGUCUAAGCCUAUGAA